CGAUAAUUAAAAACACACUUGUUGUAAUGACGUAAUUGCCAUAUAACGUCCAGGAAAAACCGGUCGUUCGCAUACCCCAUUCGAGUCGAAUUGGACAGCUUGAAACCCUUGCUUACAUCACGAGUCGCCCCCUUUCGUGCCGCGACGAGCAGCUUCGGGGCAAGGCACGACAGAAAGAAAGAGUGAAAGAGUUUCCAGCCUUGAGAUGUGUGAAGUAUCGAAGAGGCAAGCCGAGCCCAUGAUUUCCCAUAUUAUAUGUAAUAUGUGGUCAGAAAUUACCGACUUAGGAUGCUGGAACGAAAACCUGAGAGGCCAUACAGGUUCGUACAUGUAGGCCCAAAGGAGAAGCCCUUCGCCCUUCGGCUGCUGAGUCGCAUAUUGUUCUGACUUCCAGUCCAUGCUUAUGUAUUUCCCCUUCCUCGUUAAGUGUAGUCUAGACCUUUGUAGUGCACUGAUCUACAUUCGUACCGCUCUAUUCUCUGCUUGUUCUUUUUCUCAUUUCAAAUUUUAAUGCUUGAUGCCGGUUAUUUCAAAUAACGUCUGCUUUAACACCUGAGCUUUUAUCCUCCUCAAAUUUUAUUGCCACGUUCUAAACUCUUUAUCUGUCGAGCAAAACAUAUAUCUUUCCUCGAGAUGACUCUGGGGCCACUUUUUGCCUCUUCCUCUCUCUUUACCUUGCAAUACAACUUUAAGUACAUGAUUUCCAAGUCCUUGCCCCGCUUUGCGUUGAUCGUGAUGAUUUUCUUCCUUUUGCUUGCCAGCACUAGUGGUCACCUACUGAUAUGCUCAUGCUUGCUCAUUCAACCAGUCACUUUCUCACUUGUUGUUUCGGGAUCUGUCGUAUGAGCCCGUUAGUGUUGUACACCAAAUAUGCGGCCUCCCGUUCCACACACCAGUCCCUCGUCACACACGUUGGAUAUUCCACUUUCAAGGCUGGUCUCAACAGUACUUCUUGUUUUGAGUAAUAUCUGAAUCAUUACACCAUUAUAAUCUUCGCAUAUUGUUCUGACAAGUGGUGACAUCUUGUUCUCACAUCACUCACCCUCGCUGGCGAAAUCGCAAGAGCUCUGAACUGAUUAUUUCCUUUACACGCUAAUCGCAAACACGAAGUAUCCGGUAUAUCCUCAGCCAAAAGGACUCUGUUCUCUUCAAAAUAAGCAAAUAUGCUUCUCCGAUACUUUCCCCUCCUCAGCCUCCUCUUCCUCUCAUCAACAAAAGCAUCACGCGACUGCGCAGAAGGUUACUCACUCUGCUCUCCCCCCGGCGCAACAUCCACAACCACCCCGCAAAUCCUCACUCCCGAAUUCCAAACCCUCUUCAUCAACAUCAUACAAUCCUCCCUCCCCUCAAACAACAACAAACGCACCAAUCACGACAUCUCCUCUUCAUCACAACCCUCAUCAUCUUCCCCCUCACUCUGCUGCAACGUCCUCCUCUCCUGCCUCCUAAUGAGCACCACCCACAUCCCCUUCUGCUACGACAGAUUCACAACAAACUACUUCCUCCCCGACGGCAGCUACGGCACCGUCGCAACAGGCACAUAUACAUCCCCCAACAACAACAGUACCGCAAACCUCCAAACGGGAGAAUACACACUCUCUAACGGCCAGACUGGGAAUAUAUACUCCUACUCCUACCCCUACUCCAGCGAAGAGGAAGACGAAGACGGUAGCAGCAAACCCAAUCUCGCGACCUUACCACCGCUCCCAACCCCAUUCACAGGUACGGGCGUCGGCUCCGCUAUUCCUGCUAGUUCGCUGGGAAGAGAGAUAACAAUAAUGUAUGUGACGACUAUUCCUGGGGCCACCAGAGAUGGAAGCACGGUCUUGCCAUGGAGCACAUUUUCGCUUGUGCGGGAGACGAUCCUGUUGCCGACGGUGGUGGAGGGGUCGACUAUUGCGGUGACGGAGAUAGAGACUAGGACUGUGCUGGUGGUGGUUCAGGGGAGUACUGUUGCGGGAACUACUUUUGCGGAGACGGUCAGGACGGUGACGACUGCUACUACUACUGCUGCUGGAGAUGCGACGGUUUUGGGUACUCCGUCUGUGCCUGCGUCUGGGAUGGGGAAGAAGAGUCAAGCGGGGGGGUCGAGGCGGGGGGCGGGGGUAGUGAUCAGGAAGUGGAUACUUGUCUUUGGGAUGCUUAUGGUAUGAAUAUUAAAGCCCUGAAGAACGUGGGCUGGGUAGGGAGGGGAUGCAUCUUGUUUGAAAUGGAAAUUCCGAGGUAUGCGUGCAUGCUCGACAAUACGAUUUGAUUGAUUGGUUUUGGGGAUAGAAUAUCAGGCGACAGUGUAGACCUGGGAUAUGGUUUCCAAGCUGUUGUUCCUGCCUGCUCAAGAGAAAUAGAGAUAUAUCAAUGGAAAAGCAUCCCAAUACUUUCGAGCGGAU